AUGCUGUGGUCACUCCCGUCGUCGUCGGCCCGGCCAGACGACUAUGUGCCGCUCUCGACGCUAGACGAGGGCGAGGACGGCGGCGAUGCGCAGGGGCAGGGGCAGCUCCCGGCACCGCGAUACCAGCGCCGGAGAUCGCGCAAGCGCUCCGCGGUGCACUUCGUCAAGCGGCACAUUGUCGGCCUGGGCUCUGCCGCGUUCGGGCUGCUGCUGCUCAUCGUGCUCGCGAACACGUUCCACGGGGGUUCGAGCUCGAGCAGCUCGAGCUCGGGCUCGAGCUCCCCGGCCCCUGCCGAGGAGCAAGCGCCGCCAGCGGCGCCCAGCCCCGCCGACCCCGACGAGCCCCCGGCCCACUGGAACGUGACGAAGAACCCCUACUUCUCGACGGGGGACACAUGGGCGCAUAACGUCAAGACGCUGGAGCGGUUAGAUCGGUGCAAGCUGCUCGGCCUGCUGGCGAACACGAGCGCGCCGAAUACGCGCUCUGAAGCGGACGAGUCGUUUGCCGCGCUCGAAGGCUGCGGGUGGAACGAGACGACGGUCAUCGUGCUCGCGAGCGUGUGGGCGCACGAUGCCGUCGAGGGGACGAAGAAUACCGGCGAGACAGUGUACGCGCAGAGCGUGGUCUCCAGCCUGAAUGCCAACGGGUAUGCGUACCUGUUUGCGAGUCUAGGAUGGAUGAACCACGACAUGCGCCGCGCAACAGAGUACUACCGCAAGUACCCCGACAACGUGCGCCUCAUCAUCGCGGACCCGGAGCAGAUCAACGUGUGCUGGGACAAGGACAUGGCCGAGGGGCAGAAAUGCCUCAAGACGGAGAGCAACACCGACGGCAUCCCGGCGUGGAAGAUGCUCGGCCUGUGGUGGUGGGACGACCCCGGCAACCCCCUAGGACCGCGCUUCACCCUCUCCCCGACGGCGCACAACGACAACUUCUUCCUCUCGUACUCGGUCGAGCCGACGUGCAAGCGGCUGCCGUACCUGCCGCACAGCGACCGCGCGCAGCCGCCGCAGGUGUGGCUGCUGGCCAAGCAGGUCCACUACCUCGGCCCUGUGCCGCCGGGCGCGUUCAGCUGGACGCUCGACGCGUUACACGACAUGAGCGAGGAAUACGGUGUGCGCUUUGCCGGCGCGCUCCGCGACGGCAUGGAACACCUCGACACGCCCGAGGUGUUUGCCGCCGUCAAGGCCGCCGGCGUGGUGAAUUACCAGCGGCUCGAGAAGAUUGCAUACUAUGAGCAGCUGGCCAACUCGGUGCUCAUGCUCGGGGUGGGCAGACCGAGAAUCAGCCCGAGCCCAUGGGACGCGCUCUGCCUCGGCCUGCCGUUCAUCAACCCCAUUCUGAAGUGGGACGAGGCGGACCCGGAUAAUCGCACGUCGUGGAAGACGCAGCAGUGGCACAUGACGGACAUUGAGGAGCCGUACGUGUACCAUGUGCACGCGCACGACAUCCCCGGACUCAAACGCGCCGUCAAGGCCGCGCUGGAUAACCCCAUCGAGUCAUACAUCCCCGACACGAUGCGCUUCGAAUGGGUCACGAAGCGCAUGGCCGAGGUCGUCGACUGGGACUGGCGCGCAGAGGGCGUCAAGGUGCUCGAGGCGCGCGUGGCGGCUGGCAACGAGACAUUCAUGCUGUGA